AUGGUAAAAGACGACGAACAGAACGGCCAAGAGGAAGAUCGUAAAGACGUGUGCCGUGAUUUCUUGAACAAAGUUUGUAACAGAGGAACGAGAUGUAAAUACUACCAUCCAAGAGGCGACGAUGAAGAUAGAAAUGGAGAUGACUUCCAGUUUUGCAUUGAUUAUCAGGUUGGUUUUAUGUUUUUGUCUUCUGUCUUUAGGUAUAGUUUGAUAGGUAACGCUGAAUUUCAAAUCUGCGAGGCUUGUCAAAAACAUGAUAUAUUGUGUGUUAUUGUUAAUAUUAAGUGUGCGUUGAUAGAGAAGAUGCUUAGAAUACGCAAAAGCGUAAAAAUUUCGAAAGUUAGCUAAAAACAGUGAUUCAUCAACUCAUUUUAGAACCAGGGCUGCUACCGCGCAUCUUGUCGCUUUGUUCACGCACCGCAAGAAGAAAUUGAGCGCUAUCGCCUUAACGGCGACAUCUCCAAUUUGUUGGCGCGUGCGAUUGCGGCCGUUACGAAAGCCGAUAACAUCCAGGGCAUUCCGUUUUGCAAGGAGUUUCAAACGAACCGCUGCUCGCGCGGACCCCGCUGUCGCUACUGGCACGUGAAUGUGGACAUGGAACGCGAAUUCCGCAACAACCAGCCGUUAGGAGCGAGUGCGCGCGAGUACCGUCAUCCACUGCCUCAGCCACUGAUCCCACCAGCCGCAGCGGCCCGGCGCCGGCCCGCCAUGGACGAGUAUGCGGGCGCGGCCAAGCGGCCCGCAUUUAUGCCGCCUACACCGUACGCAGCUCACGAUCUCGAACGUGAGAACGCGGACCUGAAGGCUCAAGUUGAACGGUUACAGUUGGAUUUGCAGCGAGAACGCGAUCGUUGCGACGCGUUGCUAGCCACGAUUAGCCAGUCCACUGCAGCAGCGGCCCAAGCAGCGGUAGUGUCGCCUCAACAAUCCUAUCACGAUCCCUAUGCCAUGCCCACACGCGCCGCUCAUUACGCACAGAAGCAGGCAGGCUGGUACGGCAGUCAAAAUUAA